AUGUACGAAGUUAUUGCCACAGAGUCCCACAUUUGGAUAGUCACAGAGCUCUGCUGUGGUGGAGAGCUGUUUGACUACCUCGUCGAGAAGGGCCGUCUUUCGGAGGAGGAAACCAAGAUCAUUUUCGGUCAACUGUGCCUGGCAGUUGCCUACCUUCACGAAACGGGAAUUGUCCACCGCGAUCUCAAGCUGGAGAACGUCCUGCUGGACGAACGAUGUCGGGUUAAACUGGGCGACUUUGGUUUCACCCGAGAGUACGAAAGAGGCUCACUCAUGGAGACUUUCUGCGGUACGACGGGGUAUGCAGCUCCUGAGAUGUUGCAGGGAAAGAAGUAUCAAGGGCCAGAGGUUGACGUUUGGUCACUCGGCGUAAUUCUAUACUGUCUCUUGACGGGGACACUACCUUUCGACGAUGAUAACGAAGAUGUAAUGAGACAAAUGAUUAUUAAAGGGGAAUUCGAGGAUCCAGCGUGGCUAUCAUUAGAAUCCCGGGACCUCAUCAAGAACAUCCUGGUAAAGGACCCAAUGAAGCGCUUUACAAUCCCACAAAUCCUCGCCCACCCGUGGUUCACCACCAAAGACCUCACAUACGAACCCGAAUCUCCCCUCUCAGUUGACACCAGCCUCCUAACCAUCCCACAACCUGACGAAGAAAACCCUGACGAACUCACGAUCGACACGAACUUUAUCAACGGUGCAUCUACAUCACCUCCACGUACACCCGACAACGACCCAGACGGGGACCCAUUUAACAGCACCCCCAAUUCUAUCACUCAUAGAGCAAGUAGCUCAACCCUUCGAAGAGAAGACGAUGCAGUCGAGUCCAAAUCUCUCAAACUCCGACCCAUCUCAUGGUCCAACUCCUCUGGGUCCAAGAUUCCCCCACCAUCCAAGAUUCGUACGCCUGCGCGUACCAAACGACGCUCGGUGUCGUCUGUGCUCUCCCUCUCCGUCGACAACGCCAAAUCGGGCGAAGGUGACGCAGAACCAACCCCCCUCACCCCACUCCCACCACCGACUUCGCACAGCCUAGACUUUGCUUCCUUGCUUACCACACCAACACCAAUCAUCUUCUCCACUCCCCUCGAACGAGAGCUACUCAACUCUCUUAGCGCCCUGGGAAUGGACACUGCCCAGAUCGUCCAUUCCGUCCUCUCUGACGCAUGCGAUUCGGCUGGUGCAAUCUGGUGGAUGCUCAAGAAGAAGGCAGAGAAGCGAGCCCUGGAGGAACCCACCGACGUUGUGUCGCCCACAACAGCCACAGAGCCUCAUGGUCGGACUAACGGCGCGGAAUCCGAGCUCAAAUCGUCAAGGAAGGUGCGCAAAGUGCAAGCUGGAGUACAAACCGAAUCGUUGGUGCCUUCCCCGACGUACCUCUCCAAACCAGCCCCGCAGCUGGCUUUCGUUCCCCCAACGCCAACAUUCGCGAAACCGAGCACCCCUCCUAGGGCUGUAUCACCCACGCGCUCACCGAUGCUUUCUCCUUCGUCAUCGACAACCCAUGAGCUCCCCCGAUCGCAUCCUUCAACACCAGGAAGCAGCAUGAAAGAAAGCAAAGGUAGAAAGAACCGAUCCGGUAGUGUCAGCAUCAUGCAGCGUGCGACAACCGCACUGGAAGCUGCCGGACUUGUGCGAAAGAAGUCGACCGAAGGUGUACGCGAGCAGCGGGAAAAAUCCAAGGACAAGGACAACGAUAACGAGAAGCGCAACACGAGUGGGGAAGAGUCUCGCUCAUCCCAUUCUCAUGACCCACGAGGAUCGAAGCUUACCAAGUCGCCUCCAUUGAAGGCUCAGAGGGAUUACAACGUCCCUGCCACACCACCCCCAAGUGAAACCCAUGAUUCGACUCAGAUCGGGUCUCCCUGGGUUCUGGCAGAUGCGAAGAAUGGUGCAGGGCCAUCACAUGCCCCUUUGCGUGGGGAGAUGCCCCAUUCACACAGUGCACCCAAUCUCGACACGGCAACGAUCAAGGCGCCUACCCAACAUCGAAACAAGGCGAACAUCCUGACUUCGUUGCGUCUCUGGUUCAACGAGGACAGGAAGGGCAAGCGUAAAGAUUCCACUGAUAGUAAUCCCCGCGUGCCAUCUACACCGCAGCAAACCUAUACGCGGACAGCAGGAGGUGGAGGAACGGCCAAGCGUCGAGGUAGCAAUGCGAGCGCUAAGGUCAUGCGUAACAGCACCGGACACCGCGCUAAACGUCCCUCGAUGUCGUCUCGUCGGUCCAGCAGCGUCAACUCGCGACGAUCCUCCAUCACCUCAAUGCAAAUCCCAGUCCUCGACUCUCCUCAGCAACUCAGCAACAUCCGUGCCAUGGGCAGCCACACCCCCAACUCUGAGCGAGGUGAUCACUCUUCCCGGCCUUCAUCCAUCCACAGCAUUUCCUCCCGCCAAAAGCCGCGCCACCGCAAAUCUCCCUCCGCCAGUUCCUCAGGCUCUCUCCAUCUCCGAACUGCUUCUCCAAUGCAGAAGUAUCACCGCCGCGCAGGUUCAGGCUCAUCUACGCGCGUCAUCCGCCAAAGCCUCGCACGUCCCCCACACGCACGGUCCAAUUCCGCCACCUCCUCGCUCUAUUCACCUCCUUCAUCUCGACCCACCUCAUUCUACGAACAGUCAGAAACCGAAACCGGCAACGUCAUCGGAAAUACAUCGUCAUCCUCCUCCGCACCUCGCAACUCCUCACCCUAUCGCAGCCGGAAGUAUUCCGAUUCAGAUAGUAUCGGCGGCUCACGCCCACCCACGUCCUUCCUCGCUUCCAAACGCUCCAACCCCUUCUCGAGCCCAGCCCUAGGCGGGGGUACCCUCUCCAAAUCCAGCUGGAAGAAAUCCUGGGGGAUCGAGCCACCGGGAUGGCAAAACCGGACAACACACCUCCCGGUCGAAGUCCUCGUCAUCUCCUCUUCCAACGAACCCGCGACACUUCGUGACGUCUUUAGCGGGCGUCAUUCGUUCAGUACCACUACCGGCGCGGGUGAUGACAGCGAUUGGGUCGAUGAGGAUGACGAUAUCCCGGCGUUUGCUGGUGGGCUGGGUCAGAUGGGUGCUUCGAUUUCUUCGUCCUCGUCUUCGAGUGCGCCCAUCAACCCUGAGCCUAUUGUGACAUUGUCACCAGCGCCGAGGCACAGGAACACCAAGAGGAACGGUGGUGGGAAGCAAUCGAUGGUCAGUUCCGUGGGUGGGCGCGGGAGGGCUGGGCAUUCCCCCGCGGAGAGGUUAUCUCCUCUGCCAAGCUCGGACUCGUCCAGCGUCACUGGAGAAAGUACUGCUCGAGGAGGAAGACGACAACUUCCUGGUGGGCGAGCCGGACCGGCAUUCAAACAUGCGAUCCAGGAAGAGGAUGAAGACGAAGAAGAGGAUUAA